AUAAAAUAAUAUAACGCUUUGCAAUAAAUAUUAAAUAAAUAUUUGGAAAAAUGCGUACUAAUCUUUAUCAGAAUCGUGCUAACUUUGGACAGCCGCAGAGCUUUGGCAUUAAUUAUGGCGCUGGCGCACAGCUGGACUAUGGACAAUUGGGCGAGCGUCGCGACUGGUUUCUUAAGCUGGGUCUGAGUCCAAACUGCGCGCAUGAGUUGGCGCUGCAUACGCUGGAGCAUCAGGAGCUGGACUUUGUUUACUAUACGCAGCGCUGGGCUCAGCUGAGUGCGCAGCUGGGAAGUGAGCGCCAGCCCGAGGUGGAUGCAAUGGUGCUGCGUGCAAUACGCGAAGUGCUGCAAAAUAAGACGCAGCCGCUGCUGCCCAAUCCAGUGCAGCAGCAGCAGCCACAGCGCUGUUAUCCACGCACGCCAUCGCCGCCUAGAGAUAUCAAUUGGCAUGGCGCGGAGUCGCAUUAUCAGAGUCCCUAUGCGAAUCGUGGAGCGGGCAGCUUUCAACUGCACAUGUGCUCAACGCCAGUGCGCAUUUGGGAGCAUCAGCAGGAGGAGCAGCAGCAGCAGCAGUCGUCGCCGCUGGAGGAUGUGUACGAUAUACAUGCAGAUCCGCGUGAUUUGCCAGAGCCGUUGCCUUAUCUGCAGCCAUAUGAACGCUCGCUGCAGCUGAGAAAUGCAGUGCGAGAAUUUGAAGCCAGCACGGGUUUGCUUGAUAUAAACUACAGCAAUCGCACGCCAGUUAUAAACUAUUAUAGAGAGGAUGAGCCGCCAUUGACGCCAAUGCCGCCCAGGCCGCCAGCCAGACGUUUGCGCAUUGAAUCGCCGCCGCCGCCGCGUCGUGAGCUGCCGCCGCAUCGUGAGCCGCCGCGUCAUGAUUGGCGUGAACGCAAGCGCGCAGCUGAGCCGUAUCAGCAGGGCCAGGCGCAGUCUAAGCGGCGUCAGCUGGAGCAGCCGCGUCACUUUCGCAUCGGUGAGCAUACGCUGCCGUAUUUAACACACAAAUCCACGCAAUUGCCGCAGCCAGAGCACAAAUCCUAUGCCGUGCAUUUUUUCAAGCGUCGCCAUUGCUACAUAAUAGGCGGUCCGGCUGCUGCCACGCCCAUGGCUAAGCCUGCAGCUGAGCCGCCAGCAAGUUCAUCGCUCUGCACACGCAGCUCGGCCAAGCGCAUACGUCAGCAUUUGCGCGAGGACUGGAAGCUGCACUACGAUGAGCAGGGCUACGACAGUUGGCCAAACUGGUGGCGCGACUUUCGCUGGUGCGAAUCGGCCAUAGCCAAGCAGCUGGAACUGCACAAGGGCGUCAAUGUGCAGGAUAAGCCGCUACUGCAUAUGGCAUUCAAUUAUAGCAAACCGCAGGCGGUCAAGACGCUGAUGAAUCUUGCGCAUCUUGCCUUGGAGCUGGACACCACCAACUUUCAGGCCAUUCUGGGCACGAUCUUCGAGCUCAUGAAGAAGCAGCUGCUGGAUCAGCUUAGUCCAUAUCAGCUGGGCGUGCUGCAGGACAUUAUACGCUAUUUGCCCAACUGCAUGUGGGUCUACAAAAUGCGCUCCAUGGUCUAUUUGUGGGCACGCUAUUAUCGCAUACAGAAGGCAACGCCACCACUCAGCGAAGCCGAUGCCAAGGAUGUGUUUGCCACGCAGGCUCAGUGGGACUCGGCCAUCUUUCACUGGCAGGCCAAGCAGGCGCUGGAUGAGCUCAGGCGCGUCAGUCACUUUGAGUGGCCAGAGUUCCACAAGGUGUAUCCAACGCUGCCCAAAACGGAUCCACUUGCUAAGCCAAAGACAAGCACAAAGUCAAAGAUUAGCACUGAACCAAAGCCGAAGACGAACAGCAGCACUAAACAAAGCUCUAACAAUAAUUCAGCUAGUAACACUAAAGCGGACACUAGCUCUGGCCCAGAUAUUAUAACCAUUAACGAUGACAAAACAGAUGCUGAUGAUGAUUCCAACGCUACUAAAAAUACUGCAUCCAAUUAAUGUUAAACACGCUCAACUGUUAUAAACAAGCUCAAUAAAUAUAAACAAAAA